AUGCGUACAACUCCAAGAGCUGGAUGGGGUAAAAGAGAUGUGAAAAAUCCAGAAUCAAUAGCGGAUCACACGUAUCGGAUGGGUCUUAUGGCGCUUAUCUCUUCAGAUAUCCCCGGUGAGACAUUGCACCUUCUUGUUGACUCUCUAAAGAAGAGAAAAGUUGAAGAGAAAGUGAAGCACUUGAACACAAGUGCAAGAUCUUGGGUGGAGGAGAAAGAGGUUGGGCUCUCGUGUCUCAUCCUGAAACUAGCUGAAGAAAUAGCUGAGCUAGGAGAGAAUAUGAAGCAAACACGUCACCAGAAGCCAAAGUUGUUAAAGAUUUCGAUAAGCUUGAGUUGA